AUGUUGUACGCACUAGCCACGCCAAACUCCGCGUUCAAGCCCCUGAUAAGGAAGAUGAAAAACACAUGGAGGUUGCAACAGUUCAAGAAGUACUACCUAGCUAAAGGCGGCGCCAACAGCAGUAGUGCGGCAUCGUCGCCGGAUUCGUCAAUUGCAAGCUCGCAUAGCUCUAGAAAUAGCGAUCGCAUGUCGAUGAACACGAUUGGCACCGAGGCAUAUUCUAUCCCGUCAAACAAGUGA